AUGGGGAGUGAGGAUAGUGAUGAUAAGAUGCCAACUGUUGGUUCAGAGGUCACAUUAAAAGGCAAACAGUAUCAUAUUCAAUCAGAGCUGUAUGAUGGGCCUUUUAGCAAAGUUUAUGCUAUCAAUGAAGGUUGUAUGCAAUAUGCUAUGAAAAUUGAACGAAGAGCAGGAUCAAAAAGGCCUGUAUUGAAACUAGAUGCAUUAGUGCUAAAGCAACUAAAUCGUCAAAAUAUUACUGCUGGUUUUCCACGUUUAAUUGCUGCUGGUAGAACACCACUUUAUAAAUAUAUUAUAAUGGAAUUGGUUGGCCCAGAUUUACAACGUUUAAGACGCUCAAUACCAACAAAAAAAUUCAGUUUGUCAACAGCGCUUAAACUUGCAUCUCAAACACUGAGACGUAUCGAAGCGCUUCACGAUAGCGGUUGGCUUUGUCGUGAUGUUAAGGCAAAUAAUUUUUGCAUUGGAAAGAAAAAUAUGGGAUUAAUUUAUAUGCUUGAUUUCGGUUUUGCACGAAGAUUUAUUCGUGAAAAUGGUACAUUGAUUGAGAGACGAAAUGCGGCCAGUUUGAUGGGUACAAUAUAUUAUGCACCGAUGAGUGCACAUAAUUUUUCGGAACAAUGUCGAAAGGAUGACCUGGAAUCAUGGUUUUAUAUGAUUAUUGAGAUGGUUGUAGGAAAUUUGCCAUGGUUUAUCCAUGAUCCCAAACGAGAGUACUUGUUAGUUGGUGAAUGGAAAAAAUUUGCACGUGGUCCUGGUAGAAAGUUGUUGCUUGGUGAUUCACCUCAGGAAUUUGAGAAAAUUCUUGAUAUCAUCGACCAAACUGCAUUUAAUGCCCGACCGCGAUAUCGUGUUAUUCAUGCUUUUAUCAAUCAAGCAAUGGAUCGCCUAAAGAUUGACAAAACUAAACCAUUUGAAUGGCAAGAAGACCCGAAAGUGCUGAGAAAAAUUGCUAUGAUUGGUGGGCACGAUGAAUCCAAUUUAGACAGUUCUUCUGAAGAAACAGAUGAAGGAGACGGACCUUUAAAUGUGUCGAAUAGCUAA